AUGGGAUUCGGCUUAGAGAGCAUCAACCCACUCUCCCGCGGCUGGGGCGCGGCGGCGCGUUCCUGCGACGCUUGUAAAUCAGUCUCCGCCGCCGUGUUCUGCCGAGUUGACUCAGCUUUCUUAUGCAUCACUUGCGACACAAGGAUCCACUCCUUCACGCGCCACGAGCGCGUGUACGUCUGCGAAGUCUGCGAACAAGCUCCCGCCGCCGUCACAUGCAAAGCCGACGCCGCCUCGCUCUGCGUCACCUGCGACUCCGACAUCCACGCGGCUAACCCUCUCGCUAGCCGCCAUGAACGAGUCCCCGUCGAGUCUUUCUUCGACUCAGCCGUGGCGAAAAUCUCACCUUCGACGUUUGGAAUCCUCGGCGACUCCACCGCCGUUGACUUAACCGCCGUGCCGGUGAUGGGGAACUCCGAUUUGUGCACGUGGCUGCUCCCUAAUGACUUCAAUAAAAUCGAAACCGGAACUGAACUGAAGUCUUCUUCUGAGUUCGUGUUGUCUGAAUUUGACUUCGAGUACACAAACUCUUUUGGAGCAGACAGCCUCGUACCGGUUCAGACAAAGACAGAGCCUCUUCCUUUAACUAACAACGAACUCUGUUUCGACUUAGAUUUUUGCAGAUCAAAGCUCUCCACUUUCACCUACCCAACUCAAUCUAUCAGCCACAGUGUUUCGACUUCGUCUCUCGAAUACGGCGUCGUUCCUGACGGGACCAACACGGUUCCGUUUAACAUGAGCACAAGCACGAUCACUACUUCGACGGGGAGUGAGCAACCGAGCUCCAUGGAUAGGGAGGCUAGGGUUAUGAGGUACAGAGAGAAGCGUAAGAACAGGAAGUUCGAGAAGACGAUACGUUACGCUUCGAGGAAAGCUUACGCUGAGUCACGGCCAAGGAUCAAGGGCCGUUUCGCGAAACGAAAUGAGACUGAGAACGACGACGUUUUCUUUAGUCAAGUUUACGCUUCUGUCGCGCAAUACGGUGUCGUACCGACGUUCUGAUUUACCUGAAGACUUCCUUUCUUCCACCGUCGACUUACCGUAGAAAAAUAAUUUAUCCUGUUUUGUACUGUCUCUCUCACUGCUACUGUAAGUCUGUAAGCUGUAACUUUUUUCUAUUUAUGUAUGCUUAUUUUAGCAAAGUGAAAAUCAUAUAAUUUGGUAAUUACAAUAUAUAUUGGCUAAUGUAGGUGGAGUAUUUUAUAACAAAAUUUAUGAAUUAAAUAUAGUUAUGCGGACAUCAAAUUCCUUAUUGUGUUUCUUUUUGUAAAAGUAUAUAGUCUUGGUCGAGAGAUAUUUUUUUGUCUCGGCUCGGUAAUUAAUUACCUCAAUUAUUCAAAGUUUCAUUGUAUAUUUCC